UAAGGAAGAGGGCGAUGGUUAAUCGUAGGCCUACUCUGUGUCUUUGCCGAUCACACUUAACAUGCAUUUUUAAGGCUUACAUGGCAAUAUCUGUACAAUGAACGAAAACUACUUAGCAAUGACUGAAGGUGUGAAGGAAUUUUUGAUGGAGCUUGGACUGGAGCAAUAUUACGAAAUUUUUGUAACGAAAGGUUUUGACUGUGAGUCGGACGUGAAUAAUUUACAAGACGAUGACCUGGAUGCCAUGGAAAUUUCGGACCCGAACCAUCGGCAGUUGCUGUUGACAGCAGGCUAUCAUUACACUCCCAGUGAAGGCUACCAACUGUACACAUGGUUACGUCAACACCAUCUAGACUACUACCUUGUGAACUUUAUCCGGUCAGAUCUGACGGAUUUCACGGAGCUGGCCAACCUUCAGUUACCGGACCAGGAAUUGUAUGAUGAGCUAGAGAUAGUCCUUCCCGGACACCGGAAGCGACUGGAGAGAGCAGUUACACAGCUGAGAAAGAAACGGCGAUUGGAUGAUAGCUCACCGGAAGAGCCUCUUGUCGUGGGACGUUGGGGAAAGCCCAGUGCUCUCGUCGAUGCCAAAUAUGAUUUUCUGUGUGUUGAAGGCGUCAUUACCUCCACGAAACAUCCGCAAAAUGCCAAGAGGAUUGAUUUCAUGGUGGAUUCCGGAAGUGACGUCGUCACUUUAAGAGAAGAGGUGCUGGAGAGCCUCGACCUGGAGUUGUUAGGGACGGUGCGAAGUAAAGGUGUCCACGCCUCCCGGGAAAAACGCCUAUACAAGGCCAAGCUACUGAUAGGAAGCAGCCAGAUUGAAAUAGAAGUUAUGCCAGAGUCGUACGAUUCCCUUGGCAGCAGGGUGAUACGUCACUUCCGGCAUUUUAUUGACGGAAACCGACAUGUUUGGUUGCCUGGCAACUACAUAGAACCACCUUUAGUAAUGAACGUUGACUCUUCUCGUGGAGAGGGAAUAUCAACAACUGGCAGCUCAGUGUUAACGACUGAUUCAAUUCACUCGGAGGAUAUUCAAACUUCAUUAGCAAGCAUAGUGCAAUCGGCAGAUAUUCCAACCGCAUUAGCAAGUACAGUGCAAUCGCCAGAUAUUCCAACAACAUCAGCAAGCACAGUGCAUUCGGCAGAUAUUCAAACCACAUUAAAACGCACAGCGCAAUUGGCAGAUAUUCCGACCGCAUUACCAAACACAGUGCAAUCGGCAGUUAUUCCAACCGCAUUAUCAAACACAGUGCAUUCGGCAGAUAUUCCUACUACGUUAACAAGCACAGUGCAUUCGGCAGAUAUUUCUUCUACGUUAACAAGCAUAGUGCAUUCGGCAGAUAUUUCUACUACGUUAACAAAACCAUCGCACUCGGGAGAUGUUACCGUUACAUUAGUAGGAUCAGUGCUAUCGGAAAAAAUAUUGGCCAGAUCAAUUGCUGGUUCGAAGACUUUUGCCCAGUAUCAAAGUGAAGAAGUUAAAAAUUCCUCCGGUUCGCCAACUGAGACCAUCUCAUCUACACCCUCAUCUGUGUGUCUAUCAGAAUUCCUGCAACGCAUGCCCAGCUUUGGAUCAGCUGGGGACACUAUCGUUCAAACUGACAAACCUCGCGCUGACAUGAAUCAGCUACCAAUACCUCAGGAUGACAAUUCCCAACCAAAUAUCCACACAGAGGAGCCAUCUUGAGACCAGCGCCAGGUUUAAUUGUCUAUUGAUGAUUGCCAAUUUUAGCACACUGGUAUCUGAAUACAGGCAUGAACAAGCUAUACACGAUUUGUGAAAUCCCAAAGUGCUGUUAUAAUCGCGCUAUCACUGUUUCAUCCAGACAUACUGCCAAGCACUUCAGGUAGUCCACAGAGGUGCAUUGGCUUCCACUUGGGAAUGAAUAAACCAUAAUGACUUUAAUGUUAAGCCGUCAGUAUAUCCACCAUGUCCUGGCGAAUACCCUCGUCGGGCAAUCGUUCCAUUUCGUCAUUAUUUUUAUUACAUCGUUACAUGCUGUCGCUUUUAAUGUGAUAGCAUGUAGUUGUGUUAGAUAUCAUUUGUUUUACCAUUAAGUGCAAUUGAGGUGUGAUGAUCAUACGCUAACGU